CAAAAAUUGAAAAGAAUCUACAUUCAAAAAUGUAUUCUAGCUGACACAUGCUCUCCAAAUCCUCACUCACUCAAGAUGUCCUGUCCCGACUGCUUCCGUGGAGGAAUAACAACCACUCACCCCACCGGAACCGAGACCACCAUCCACGGUCUCCGAACCUACGUUGCUCAACCCUCAGACGGAGUGACACCAAAAGGCAUCAUAGUCAUCAUCACCGAUGCCUUCGGAUGGGAAUUCCCCAACAACAGAGUUCUCUCCGAUCACUACGCCCAGAACGGCGGAUUUCUAGUCUACUGCCCCGAUUUCAUGAACGGGAACUCCUUAGACCCAGCCGCCAUCCCAUUAACAGAUAAAAUCAUGAACCCCGCACCAUCCUGGUUCUCCGCCAUAGUCUACAAACCAAUCUACGUCUUCCAAGUCCUGACUUAUGCCAUCCCCUGGAAAUCCAAAUCCAGCAUCGAGAAGACCCACCCUAGGGUGCUCUCCUUCUUUCAAGCGCUCCGGAAAUCUGACCCUCCGUUCCCUACCCAGAAUCUCAAAAUCGGGGCAGCAGGUUUCUGCUGGGGCGGUAAACACACUAUGAUGCUCGCUGCCGACUCCUCAUCUUCACGAGUCCAGCGACCCGGUUCUUCCACUCCAGAAGCAUUGCUAGAUUGUGCAUUCGCGGCUCAUCCGUCGUAUAUUGAGAUCCCGGGCGAUCUCGAGAAGCUUAGUGUCCCAACAUCGGUGGCGGUGGGAGAUGAGGAUACGGUGAUGAAAGCUCCACAGGCGAGGAAGAUGAAGGAGAUUCUGGAUGCGAAGAAGGGUGAUUUUGAGGUUGUGAUUUUCCCGGGUGCGAAGCAUGGGUUUGCAAUUAGGACGCAUCCAGAGGAUAGGAAUGAGGUGGAGUGUGCAGAGAAGGCGGAAAGGCAGGCGAUUGAGUGGUUUACGAAGUGGUUGGCUUGAAUUUUGGCAUGCAACACUCGUGCAAAUCCGAGUUCAUUUGAGCCCAAAAACAAUAGACUAAUGACUUUUGCAUUUCAUACACAACAAAAACAAUUAACUUUUCAUCAACCAAACUCUUCGGACCCUAAUCACAAACCCUUCGCCCUCCUCGUAGGAUAAGGAUAC